UCCUCCUCUACCAGCUAUGUUGUACAAACACAAAAAUUACUCUGGACCAUGCUGAUUUUUCUUCCAGCUGAGUGUACCUCUGUAUUUGCCCUCCAGGUCAACAAGAACCCUUCACUUGAAAUCCUCCUCACAAUGCUGUUGCUGCUGCUGCUGCAGGUAUUAGUGAGCUGCAUCUGGCUGGGACACAGUGAGCUGGUGGCAUCCUUUGAAAGUUCAUGCCCUCAGUUUUUCUUCCGUGAAACCCCCCCAAAUGAAGCCCUGGAGCCAGAGAGCCCAGCCUGGAUCUGCCAGCGCCAUAAGAACCAGUAUUACUUUGCCACCCUGUACGACAGGAGCAGGCGUAUUCCUGUGUACUCUGCUUAUCUCUACCAGCCUGGACCUGGCAAGAGACCUAAGACGUGGCUGGUUGAGCCCCAGCUGAUGGGCUCAGUUUACCCCAAAACUAUGGAAAAGGAAUGGACCCUCUUAAAAUAUUACAACGUCAGCUUAGAGCAACUCAGCAAGAGCCAGGCUGUCCUCCGAGACUACAAGAAUCUGACAGGUUUGAACCGCGGCCAUUUGAACCCCAAUGGCCAUCACCAUGACUUCAGCAGCAGGAUGGCUACCUUCACCCUCACCAACAUAGUGCCCCAGGAUGAGAAACUCAAUGGUGGUGCUUGGAACGACUACGAGCAGCGAAUAAUGAUCAGAAGGACCCAGGGCUGUAACACCACCUAUGUCGUUGUGGGUGCUGUGCCUGGGAACAGCUAUAUUGCCAAAGGGAGGGUAAACAAACCCAGCCACAUCUGGUCAAGUGCCUGCUGUGAGGUGGACAGCAACCACAGGAAGGCUUGGGGGGUCAUUGCUGAGAAUGACAAGAAUGAGGUCCAGCUCCUCACAUUAGGGGAGCUGGAGGAUAUGUUGACUGAGCUCUAUGGGAGGGACCAGGUUUCUCUGUUUGACAGUGCCUGUCCCCGGGAAUAAGCCCUGAUACUUCACAGCCUGGGUGUAAAAGGCUUGGGAGCCUUCACCACGUGUCCUGUGCAGCACCUAUCCUGCUUCCUUCUCUAAUGGUUUUCCACCUCUGUCUCUCAGACCACCUUCUCCUCUGAUAAAAGGGAGGAGAAGGUGAGCAGAGCUUCCAGCUGGUUUGCUCUGCUGCUCAAUCCUGGGGGGAGU